CGGGCGGGCGCUUUCCUGCGGCACCAUGCCGUCCCUGCGGGCGCUGGCUCUCUCCGCGUGCGCCCUGCUCGGCUGGGCGGUGCUGGCCGGCAGCGCGGGCGGCGGCGGGCGCAGGGGGAGAGAGACGCCGCCGCCACCGCAGAAGAUCGAGGUGCUGGUGCUGCUGCCCCGGGACGACUCCUACCUGUUCUCCUUGGCCCGGGUGCGGCCGGCCAUCGAGUACGCGCUGCGCAGCGUGGAGGGCAACGGGACCGGGCCGCGGCUGCUGCCGCCCGGCACUCGCUUCCAGGUGGCCUACGAGGACUCGGACUGCGGCAACCGCGCGCUCUUCAGCCUGGUGGACCGCGUGGCGGCGGCGCGGGGCGCCAAGCCCGACCUCAUCCUCGGACCCGUGUGCGAGUACGCGGCGGCGCCCGUGGCCCGGCUGGCGUCGCACUGGGACCUGCCCAUGCUGUCGGCGGGCGCCCUGGCCGCCGGCUUCCAGCACAAGGACACGGAGUACUCGCACCUCACGCGCGUGUCGCCCGCCUACGCCAAGAUGGGCGAGAUGAUGCUCGCCCUCUUCCGCCACCACCAGUGGAGCCGCGCCGCGCUGCUUUACAGCGACGACAAGCUGGAGCGCAACUGCUUCUUCACCCUGGAGGGUGUCCACGAGGUCUUCCAGGAGGAGGGUCUGCACACGUCCGCCUACAGCUUCGACGAGACCAAGGACUUGGACCUGGAGGACAUCGUGCGCUACAUCCAGGCCAGUGAGCGAGUGGUGAUCAUGUGUGCGAGCAGCGACACCAUCCGGGGCAUCAUGCUGGCGGCGCACAGACACGGGAUGACCAGCGGGGACUACGCCUUCUUCAACAUCGAGCUCUUCAACAGCUCCUCCUACGGAGAUGGCUCGUGGAAGAGAGGAGACAAACACGACUUUGAAGCGAAGCAGGCGUACUCAUCCCUCCAAACAGUCACGCUGCUGAGGACAGUGAAACCCGAGUUUGAGAAGUUUUCCAUGGAGGUGAAGAGUUCUGUGGAGAAACAAGGGCUCAAUGAGGAGGAUUACGUGAACAUGUUUGUGGAAGGGUUCCAUGACGCCAUUCUGCUCUACGUCCUGGCUUUGCACGAGGUGCUCAGAGCUGGUUACAGCAAGAAGGACGGAGGGAAAAUUAUCCAGCAGACGUGGAACAGGACCUUUGAAGGUAUUGCCGGGCAGGUGUCCAUAGACACCAAUGGGGACCGGUACGGGGACUUCUCGGUGAUCGCCAUGACCGACGCAGAGGCGGGCACCCAGGAGGUGAUUGGUGAUUACUUCGGAAAAGAAGGUCGCUUUGAAAUGAGGCCCAACGUCAAGUAUCCCUGGGGGCCCUUGAAGCUGAGGAUCGACGAGACGAGGAUUGUGGAGCACACCAGCAGCUCCCCCUGCAAGUCGUCAGGUGGCCUAGAAGAAUCAGCGGUCACAGGAAUUGUGGUGGGGGCCUUACUAGGAGCUGGUUUGCUAAUGGCUUUCUACUUUUUCAGGAAGAAAUACAGAAUAACCAUUGAGAGACGAAACCGGCGAGAAGAAAGAAACGUCGGGAAGCAUCGGGAGCUCCGGGAAGACUCCAUCAGAUCCCAUCUUUCGGUGGCUUAAAAGGAAGCCUUUGCUUUCAGCCCAAGAUUCUUUGGGGAGAUUGAUGGGAUGAAAGACAUGUCUGGAACAGAGGCGUGCUCUUGAAGAACUCAUUCUUUUAAGCAUUUAGUCAUUUCGUUGUAAAAUUUCUUUAGAAGCUCAGGAACGACUAUUAGUCAUCAGAUGCCUCUUGGCCUUUCAUCUCAUGACAAGAAAAUACCAGAAUAUAAUGUCACUCUGUUAAACGUGCACACUGCUUCCAGGGCCUGUGUUGGAUUUAUGGUUUGAGAAUCUGAUGUCUCCCUAUCUUGCUGGCUUUUGGGGGCAUUUCACACAAGGCUAUAAAAUGGGGUUUUCUCAAAUGAAAUGUUUUAUAGCUAGGAUAAAACCAUUUUUACAAGUAGAAUAUUGUUGGGAAGAAUUUAACACCCAAGAAGAGGAGAAUGUAAUGAAAUAUCUCAAGGUGGGAAAUACGCUCGUGCCUCUCUCUAGUGCUGGCUGGCCGGGUUGAGUUGAGGACGGCUCUGUCCAAUGUAUGCACUCAGGUCCUGACUUCCUCUCUUGUCAGAGGAUUCCCUCCUGUCUCCUUCAGUGUCUCAUAAAAGCUGCUCUGGACAGUUGUAACUAUCACCGAGACAAGAGGAUGUAUACAAGAAAAGCAAAUCUAAAAUGUUUCAUUUUUUAAAAUGUAAAAAACAAAGCCCUACUUCCCACUAACAUUUUAUUUUUAAGUAUUUUGAUCUUAUAUUUUGCUAUUAGAAAAUGUGUCUAUUUUUUCAUUUUUAAGAUUAAAUUUCACUUAUAUUUGAAAAACAUGGGUAUAACAGUGAUGAAAGAUGCUUCUCUCUCCCAACGCCCGCUCCCCCCCCCGCCCCCCCCGUUGUCCUCUUCCCCUGGGCCAGACUCAACUGCAAACUGCUGCUUUAAUUCCAGAGACCUAGAAAUGUCUUCUGAUUACAGACCCUGCAGGAGCACAUUAAUUUACCUGCUUUAAAUGCACAUUGUUUUAGGGAUAGAUCCCUUCCAACUCUGGCCAAAUGAUGAGUUUCAGGAUCAAGGGUGAAAUGUAUUAGAAUUAAGUAGGAUGUCAUAAGGGGAGGCAGCCCUUUUUCCUCAAGAAGAACUUUAUGAGAGUUAGAACUUGACAGUAAACACAAAAUGAUAAAUACAUGGCAUUUUGCCAAAACUUACAGUGAUGAUUUGGGUUCAAAGAGAGAAUCUGCAUAGCGACUAUAUUCCCUUUCAGUUAAUUCUGCAGAGCUCUGUAGUCAUCCACCAGUAUCCUGUGUAACAAUGGUUGUGGGUGUGGGUAUAAGGACUUCGGACAAAGUUGAAUAAGCCUUUACUGAAUCUCUAGGCUGCACCCAGUACUCUGCACACAGGUUGACAUUCAGGCUGUCACUGUAUGAUUUGUGGAGAAAAUGGACGGUGAGGGCAGAAUGGGACAUUGCUGGACUAGCUAGCAUAUAAUUAGGUCACUCGGUCCUUGAUAACAUUUGAGCAUCUGGAAAAUAGUUUUAAACAUCAUCUUACUAUCUGUAACAGACCAUGUGUAGGGAGGUCAAUAGUGGAGUUUGAACAAUUCCUGGGAGGUCAUAGCUCGUACAGGUGAGGGCGGAGGCCGAUGAGUGGAAGCCGUGUGUCUUGGAAGUUGGUCCCACCUUGCUUCCUGGAGGAGCUGGCUCCUGUGACUCCUACUCCAGUCAGUCACAGGGAAUGGAUUAUUUCUGGGUGAGGCGCAUGUUCCCUUUAUGGCUUAAAAAUGUUAUGCAGCCAGCUGGAGAACAUGAUCAAAGAAUUAAGGAUGAUCAACUGGAACAAUGAUGUUGUAGUUCUCCAUGUUGGAUGCAAAGGAAAAAGUACUAAAUUUAAAAAAGGAUGGAAAAAGAAAGCAAGAAAGGCACGCCCCAGAAGCCCUAUCAUAGGAAGAGAGCCUGGGAAGUGAAAACGAGAGAAGCAAAGCGAUGAGCAGCUCAGGACUCCUCCAAGCGGAGGCCUGAUUCCGUUUGGUUUUAUGGAUUGAGAACUUAUUUCUCUCUAGUUUUUGUUUUUCAGUGAUGUUUGUCAUGACUUUUAGAGAUACUCAUUUUCUUUUAUCAUGUGUUUGUAAAGAGACAUUUCAAUUUUGAGCCUAUGUGCUUAUUUCAGGGGGAAAACACUCUACCUGGUUGCAGUCGUUGGGUAUAAACAUUUCUAGCCUUCCUAUAAUCGACACAGGGUCCCAUUAACUCACAUUUUUAAAGCAAAUAUCUUUUAUUUCUACUUUAGGUAGAGGAAUAGUUCUGAGGUUAACAUUAUUAUGUCCCCAGAUAAAAUUGUAAAAAUGAGAAUUUUAGUCUUUUAAAAAUGGCAGAACAAAUCAUGAGGUUUCUCAGAUGUGGAUGCCAUUCUCUUCCAAUCUUAAAGCAAUCAUAGGGCUCUUAAGAUUGAUUGCUUUGUCUGCUGUCUAUACUUUCUGCCUUGAACUCAUCAUAUGACUUACCAAAACUCUCUUAUGUUUUGGAAGACUCCAUUCAGUUGGAAAUAUUUGCAAAAAGUGUAGGUGUUUGGCCCAAGGUUACCCUGGGUUCAGACCUGUGGAGAUUGUAGUUUCGGAGUAUGUUCCUGACUGCUAAGCAACGUCUUUGACAACUAGUAAUUUAACCUCCGCCAGGAGCCACAUAUCACACAGUCAAAUAAAUAGGGCUUUAGUUCCUAACCCAUUCUAUACAGUUUUCCCCUGAAGGCCAGGGAGUUCGGGUUUAAAAAGAGGUCAGUGCCAGCUGGCCAAGCCAGCCGACAUCGACGCCGGUCAAGGUAUAUACUUUUCACAUCUACUUAUGGUGUUGGAAGUAAGUGUAGCUUUUAUGUUCAUCAUUGUCACCUUCUCAGAUUGUUUUCCUGGACUCAGAAAUAAAAGCUUUCUCCAGAGGGUCACUUCCAUCCAGAAAACACUCUCUGUAUAGAGGGUGCGUCCUCCUCCCACCCUGACCGCAGGUUCUGCGAGGAAUCCCCUGUAAACAUUAUAUUUCUUGGAAGCACCAUUAGCGUGUCCUUUCCUGAACCACAGACACGGCUCCACUGGCUUUAAAACAGUUCUCUACAUUUCAGAAGCAACAUUUCACGGAGGGAGGGGAGACGUGUAUGGAAAUAAAUUCCUGACAUUCUAAGACUUGAUGGCCAGACACUGCUCCCUUAUUCACAGGCUUCUAGGGUCACAAAUUUCUUCAAGGCCCCUGUGCCCUCUUUGCCCCCAAUUUCCCACUUUCCUUCUGUCUGGCGCUGGGUUUCAGAGGGUGAGACAGGCUGUUGGCAGUGAGACGAAGGCCAUUGUGCAGGUCUCACACAGUGACAGGAAUUCAGAAGGGAGGUCCCGUGGCACCCCCUUCUUGGGAGUACGCAGUGGCUAUUGGUGGAAGUCUCUGUAGGAAACCACAUAGAAUAUCAGGCCGUGUCUUAAGGGAGUGUUUCUAAAAGGAAAGGCACGCGUUUCUAUGUUUCUUGGGACACAAAGAACUUAGAUGCUGACUGGAUGCUGGCAGAAAGCCAAAUGCCCACCGAGAGCAGGCCCUUCAUCUGUGUUCGGGGGCUUGUUUGGUUAUGCGCUGUGGCCCAGUGCUUCCUGAGGGAGCUGAUCAUGGGCCGACCUUCAGUGGGAAAGCGAAAUUCUCUAAGACCAAGGCCUGUGUCUGAGGGUCAGGGUGGCAGCGGAGAGAAGGAGGUGGUGUUUCUUAGGGUUGUCUUUGGAAGUGCGGAGUAGCCAAUAAUUUAGUCCUCUUCAAUGGCCAGGCUCAGCCAGAAGCGCAGGCCACACCCAGAAAGAAUCAGGAGCGCCAUUCUCUGAAAGGAACAGAAGGUACAAUUGCAAAUUGCCUCAUCUUCCCCUCCUUCCUCCCGCACCCCACUCACCUCUGUCCUGGCUGCGAAGGUGCGCCAGCUCUUCCCCGUGCAGGCAGAAGCUUGCCGAGGGACCCCCGCACUUCCUCAGGAAGACGGCCACCCGCCCGGUGCUGGCUGUGAGCGGGCAGAAUGAUUCCCGUCCCUGGCUUGCAACCAGAACCCUUAUGUUAACUUGACCACACACGCCCUGGGGGCACUUCAAGCCUGGGAUGUGCAUAGACGCCAACAAGCCUGGCCUGGUUUUCAGCAUGCCGGUCUCCCAAACAUCUCUUGCAGGCGUACCCCACAGCUAGACUCUAGGAUUAAAACAACUUUCAAAAGGUGCUGGAUUGGAGCUGGUUCAAAUUUCUCAUUAACCACUAACGUUAAUUCCUACCAAAGGCAAAGCAAUUCUACACCAGCUGAUGCUGUUCACGUUCGUGUCUUCAGCUGCUUCAAACACCGGGGCAGGGUUGCCAUGGGCGCGAGGCUCAGAAGUAAAAAUCCAUAGGCUGUCCUCGCUCUCUGAUGGGUCGGGUGUGGGGUGAUUCCUGGGGGAGAGAUUGGAACAACCAGAAUUAAGAUUUAGCAAAAAAUGUUGCAUUGUUCUGAUUCAGGAGUUAAAGACCUACAUUUCUACGCAGGAAGGAAUAAAGGGCCCAUUCACCCAGGGUGAGUCGCAGCAGAGCCCGCCAAAAUGUUUCUCAUUGGGGAAGAGAAAACGCGGCCACAGCACAUGAUAACUGGGCAGAGAAAGGACAUGUUGGGCUUUGAAGUAGGCUGUCCUAUGCAUUAUUCAAUACCAAAGCUGAACGUGUUCCAUGUGGCGUGUCUUACUAACAAGAGAGCCAUGAGGUGCCCAAGGCAGCCGGGAGAGGCUGGGCGUUUGCAGACCGUUGUGCUGGGACCUGGGAACCUGAGCUUUGUCCCCUGUGCCUGGUGGGUAGUGACACCAAGAGGAGGUCCAGACACUGUGGAGGGUCCCUCUGCAGCCCUUGUCUUCUGGGCCGGGUUAGUCAUUGUUAAUGUAAACACAGGACCGCCCAACAAUACGACCUUACCACGAGUCCGGUAGCAAAGGAAGAGUAAAAGCGGCACCUGCUACAUACGGUUGAUUAUUCUAAUGUAAGUAGAACUAUCUGCAUAUAAUGUGAUUUAAUUUAUUGUUGUGUUGUGUAGAAGAUGAGAAUUAAUGACUGUGGAUAUAACCUCUGUUUUGUAUAAUAUAUUUUAUUUCCGGUGCAAACUGGUCCUUUAAAGUAUCUACUUCAUUUGGUGUUUGGAUAUAAAUGUGUAUGUGUUCUUGUAAAUGUUUUUAUUCAGCAAGAAUGCCACAUGCUCACAGUAUAACAAUGUGUUCUCAUUAAAAAUACAUCCCACAG